AUGGUGUCGCCCCCGCCUCGUGUGUGUGCCGGAGAAAACUGUGCCUGACCGUCUGAAGGUGUCACAGCAGGUGACCGGUAUACAGUGUCCUUCACCACUGCCUGUCGGGCACUGUUUUCCUGUAGUUCUGUUAACAUUCAGGCAGGAUCCAAUGGGAUGCUCGGGGGUGGGGGGUGGGUGUUCAUGAAGGAACCAAUGGGAUGCUCAAGGGGGGGUUCCAACAUGCAGGAACGCCCCGAAUUGCGGGCUGCAGUUCCACACUAUUAAAUCCCUUUGCCAUUCAUAAAUAAUGCAAUGUGGAUGGUAUCACAUCGGGAUUUCCUAGGUUUCCUUUCCAGGGCAUGCCAUCAUUAUUCACGAUUCAUUCGGGCUAUCCAUAAUCAUGGUAGCAUCCACAUUAAUGUAGAAGUGUUUAGAAACAUAAUCUUAUUUAGAAUAAAAGUGACUCCAAAAUGACACAAUAUAUUAUUUAACAUUCAUUUCUAUUGGGCACAAAAUAAUCUGAAACACAACCAAAACAAAACAGAAAAUGCAUCCAAUAAGUUUGUAGAGUCACAAGCUUGAUGUAAUCAUUGCGUGCUAGGAAUAUGGGACCAAAUACUCAACUUUUGACUACUUUAAUACACGUAAGUGGAUUUGUCCCAAUACUUUGGUCCCCUAAAAUGGGGGGACUAUGUACAAAAAUGCUGUAAUUUUUUUACGAUAUCAUUUCAAAUCUAAAGUGGUGGAGUACAGAGCCAAAACAAAAAAAUAUAUGUCACUGUCCAAAUACUUUUGGAGCUCACUGUAUUCCUCUUUGUAAUGUAUAGGGAGAAUGAUGUGGCUGCCAUCGAUGUGAACAUGGGCUGUCCUAAGGAAUACUCUACUGAGGUUAGCUAUGAGUGACAGUCAGCAGCCAACAAACAGUCAAUAAUGAAUGUUCAGUCAGUUCACACCUAAUAUAACGUUCACACUGAGGUGCCUGUCUGCUGACCCCUCACUUCUCUGUAUCUCCUGCAGGGUGGGAUGGAAGAUGCUGUCCUCUCAGACCCAGAGUACUGAGUAGCCUCUCUCUUCUCCCCCACAAAUGAUCAGUAAGAUCAAAUUGCAGAAAUACUUGAAUAGAGGACUGGUGACCAAAAAAUUGUUUCCCCCUCCAUUCAUCUGUCUCUUUUCUAGAUUCUAAAAACACUUGUGAAAGGAGUGUCCAAACCAGCGACGUGUAAAAUCAGAAUCCUGCCCACAGUAAGUUUCAAAACGUCAAUGCCUUUUCUUCAGCAAUAAGAUAGAUGGGAUGUGACAUUUGAUCCAAAUUCAUCAAACUUCUUAAAUAUUACAUCCGGCUUUAAAAUUGUGCUUGUGAGUCAGGCUGACGUUUCUGUUUAGCUGGAAGAUAUUCUUAGUCUUGUCAAGAGAAUUGAGAAGACCGGUGAGGCUGCUAUUGCUGUCCAUGGCAGGUAAAGUCCUGUUCUUGUCAUGCCCAUUGUUAUGUUGCAUUAAUGUGUAUCUGAUUUUAGAUGCUUGAUUUUGUGUAUAUAAUCAUGUAUACACUCCCCUGUGUAUUUAUUUGGACAGUGAAGCUAAAAUGUUUAAUUUGGCUCUAUACAGAGGGGUUGGGUUAAAUGCAUAAGACACAUUUCAGUUGAAUGCAUUCAGUUGUACAACUGACUAGGUAUCCCCCUUAUACUCAAGCAUUUUGGAUUUGAAAUCAAAUGUUUUAUAUGAGGGACAAUACAGAAUGUCACCUUUUAUUUGAGGGUAUUUUCAUACAUAUCUGUUUUACUAUUCAGAAAUGAAUGCAUCAAUGAAUGCAUCCUGUUAAUGAUGAGUGAGAAGGUUACAGAUACACAAAGAUCAUGCCCCCAAAACAUGGGGUGGGUAUGAUAUUUAUGCCUCUAACUUUCUCACUUAUCAUUAUUCACGAUUCAUUCAUGAUUAGUCAUCAUCAUGGUAGCAUCCACAUUAAUGUAGAAGUGUUCAGAAACAUAUUAUAUUCUUAUUUACAAUACCAUUGAUUUCUAUUGGGCACAACGUAAUCCGAAAUACACAACCAAAACAAACUGCAAAUGCAUCCAACAAGUUUGCAGAGUCACAAGCUUGAUGUAGUCAUUGCGUGCUAGGAAUAUGGGACAGAAUGCUACAUUUCUGACGAAAUGUAAUAAACUAAGUGAAUUUGUCCAAAUACUUAUCACACCUUCAAAUGGGAUGACUAGAUACAUAAAGUGCUUUCAUUUCUAAACGGUCAAACGGAUAUGUAUGUAAAUACCCUCAAAUAAAAGGUGACUUUCAUAUAAAAUGUUGGAGUAAGAGACAAAUUAAAGGUUUUAGCUUCACUGUCCAAAUAAAUACGUAGGGGAGUGUAUAUCUUCAUAUUUAUAGUUACCUAACCUUUUUUAUACCAUAUUGGCUUUUCUUUCUCAGGUUAAAAGAUGAAAGACCAAGACAUCCUGUUCCCUGUGACUUAAUCCAGGCUGUAGCUGAGGCCGUGUCCAUUCCUGUCAUCGCUAAGUGAGUCUCUCUGUCUCUCUCAAGGUGUUGUGAACACAGAGAUAAAUCAGUGAUUCAUCUCUAUGGUUGUGACUGACUGUCCUUGCUCUUGACACUGAUCUCUUUUAGUGGUCCCUCUCUCUUUUUUGCAUGCACAUUGCGUUUGUAUGCAACAAAAUGAAUUUCCUCAUUGAGGAUAUAAAAGUUUUUGAAUCUAAUCCGUAGCCAAUUAGACUCAUACCAGUAUACGGGUUGAAAAUGGCAGAUUUGGACACUGAUAAGUGCCUAAAUUGGAGGCAGUGGCUGUACAGUAACAUGCUAUACAUGAGGUUAGAGCUCAGGUUCUCCAUUUCACAGCUCUGUAUGGGUUUUGACUGACAGCCGUUAUGAACAUGAGCACCGCGCUCGACAAGAAGUUACCUCCAUCCCUCCCGCUAAUUGGGCAACUUCUACAAAUGUUUUGUUGUCAGAGUGAGGGAAAUGCUGUAAAUGAAGAGGACUCUAUGUAUUUUGAAAUAUGAGACGUUGAGGAUUAUAAUAAAUACUGCUUUGAUGUCAUACAAACAAGCCCAACCCCCCUGAGUCCAUUUCCAUAUCAUAAAACUCAUGUCAGGUACAGUGUCAACGUUUAUGAUCACUAUGUUUUAUGUACAGUUACAUGGUGUUAAACCCUGGGUUGUCCUGAAAAGAAUGAGCCUACAGUAUGUUUGUUUUCUUGUGAAGAAAAUGUUCCAAGGACCACGCAUCUGAACACACUCAUGACUCCAUUCUAUGCGCUCAGAAAUUACGAUCUGCUUCUCUGAAUUGCCUUGUGAAAGCCUAACAGUGUAAAAUCAUAUUUUAUAAUUUAGCUAGUUAUGUUGACAAUAGAACAAGCUUUCAAAUUACGGCCACCUGACCCAGAUUGCGAUUUAUAAUGGACCGAUUUUAGAUUUGUUAACAACAGUAAUUGUGUAAAGGCGGAUGCAGGGCUGUGUUCCAAACAAAACAACUAGUGUGCUUGCUCUAGUUCCUCAACGGCACAGCUAGGAGAGCAAAAAAGGCACCUUAUAGUUAUAAAAGUGCAUUGAAAUUACUUAGCGACUGUGCAAACUUUGGAUAGGUAGGUGUUUUGCCACUUGGAAACACCAGUUCGACCUCUCACUGAAACCAUUGUAAUUUGUUUGUCUUAUGUUGCACCCUACCCCACAUUUUCCAGGAAUAUUCUGAUCGUAUUACUGAAUGUAUCCAGAGUAUUUAAAGAUUUCGUUAUCAACAAAUGCGGUAAAUGUAAAAUGCUCAUAAAAUCAACAGUGUAAUGUUUCGAUUCAGUCUUGUGAACAGAGUCAGGUGAACUGUUGUGUCCUCACCUUUAGUCUAAAACAUUUCCCAUAAUCUCCAAACUGUUCCCUUUGAAUUGCUACCAUGGUUAUGCAUAUGCUUUCAAUUUUGCCCUAUCCAUAAAUGCCAAUUCCCAUGAAUGUAAGGGGUUAACUGCUUGUGCUCUCCUCCAUUGUCUUGUGUAGCGGAGGUUCUCUGGACCGGGUCAAAGCACACGCUGACAUCGAGGAGUUCCGGAAGGCCAACGGGCGUCCUCGUUGAUGGUUGCCAGGGCGGCUAUGUGGAAACCCUCAGUGUUCCGCAGUCAGGGACUGCUGUCUGUGGAGGAGGUCAUGGAGGAGUACCUCAAAUACGUGAGUCCACCGCCCUCUGUCCACCUUACCUCACUCUACAGGAGCCUUACUGUGUUAAAACGGGAAACUUAACUAUCACUGUCAUAUUAUUAUUAUUAUUAUUAUUAUAUUAUUAAUUAUUAUUAUAUUGUGGAUAGCGCUGUCGCGGUGAACGUAUUACCUCCACACCGGCAGUCACGAGUCAUGACCACAGUCAAAUUCCCUGUGACAGUUGGUCACUGUAAUCCCAUCCAAAACUGUGCAAAUGAAUAGAGCUGAUGGGUAGCCUACCAAACUUGUUAACGCCCCUCGCUAACGGCCUGGUACUCAGCGCUCUAUUGUCCCGCUAAUCACUCCCUAAACACUUCAUGAUUUUUAUUUUGUAUUUUAUUUAACCUUCAUUUAACUAGGCAAGUCAGUUAAGAACAAAUUCUUAUUUACAAUGACGGCCUACACCGGCCAAACCUACCGCCCUAUGGGACUCCCAAUCACGGCCGGUUGUGAUACAGCCUGGAAUCGAACCAGGGGGUCUGUAGUGACACCUCAAGCACUGAGAUGCAGUGCCUUAGACCACUGCGCCACUCGGGAGCAUAAGGGGAUGGGUCUGGUUGUCCUUUGAAUAAUCUGAAUGAUGAAUGAUGAAGACAAAUGGUGAUGGGAGUUAGAGGUCUGUUCCGAAAUGGAUACGGGAAAGCCCCGGACCAGAUAUGCAUACAUUCAUUUUUAAAACCCGUUCCGAAAGGACCUAAAGGACAACCAGACCCAUCCCCUUAUGCACCCGGUCCGAUCAGAGUGAGGGAUGCAGCACAAAAGCCAAUUGGUAUGCUACUUUAUUAAACCAGAGCCAUGGAGAAAAGGGAGAGAGAGAGAGGCACAGAGUGAGCAGCUGUAGGCUAUAGGGAGCGGAGGCCAUGCAGGGUGUGUGUGAGGCUUGGAACACCAGAGCAGGCACUAAGAGAGAGACAGCAGGCACUGAGAGAGACCGCAACCGCUGUUAACUCGCGCUAGACUAACUUCUUGCUAGUUAUUUAUCAUCCCAUCUGAUUACAUAGUACCUGUCUUGACUGCAUCAACCCGAGAGAAGCUAGCUAACUAGGCUAAUUGAGGCUAGGCAUAAAGUUACUGCGCUUCUCACCAUUCUAAAGUCAGCCUACACAUAACUACAUUCAGAUCAUAGCCUAAAUAGCCUUCCACGCAUCAGGAGCUUGUAUGCGUGGAAGCCUUGAGAUGCUAAACAUGUUUAUGUUAAUUAACGGUCAAUUACCGUGAGACCGGCAGUCAUUUGCAUGACAAUUACCGGCUGACAAAAUUUCAUGACCGCCCUAAUUGUGGAUUGACAAAUUGUGGUAUGACAUAUGAAAAUUGCAUAGGUAAUCCAAUAUUUUUCUUUUGAUCCGAUAAUUACUUAAUCACAAAAUACAGAGGGCUUAAAUCAGAGAUGACUUGCUAUAUACCAACUUUACCAAGCAAAUUAUAAAUUGUGUGAUGUUAGAAGCAUAUUAAGAAAUGUUUGUGCUUUUUGUAUUUGUAGGCCAUCCGCUAUGACAACCAUGCCUUCAACACCAAGUACUGCCUGUGUCAGAUGCUGAGGGAGGUGGAGUCUCCACUGGGGAAGCAACUAAAGUCUGCCCAAACCAACGAAGAGAUCUGGCACACCACGUCUUUUGAAUCAUGAUGUCAGAGAAAACUUGAACUGUGAAUUCCAGUAUUCCAGUUCAUUUCCUAGUAAAUGUAGUUCUAUUUAAUAUAUUAUUCUUAUUAGUGAACCUUUUUUGGUAAAAGGUACUCAAACAUUGUAGUAUUGGUAUGGUACUCAAGUUUGAUAUUUGGGUAUUUAACUCUACACCUAUGUUUUCCAGUGACGGCUAUGGGCUGCAGGAAUACUACAAGAAGACCCAGGCAGAACUACAAGCCAGAAAGGAAGCCAUCCAAACCAACCCCAAACCACCACAAUCACCCGAACCACCCUGUCCUAGAUGGUGAUGUCACCACAAUGCGUGUGAAAUUUGAAAGGUUUGUCCUAAAUUCAUUUACAGUGCAACUGCUUUUCCUAAUCUCUCUUUUUGGGGAUGCCGGUUGUCACUUGGGGGACAUUCAGACCAGUUUGUAAACAUUUGUUUAGGUUCCAUAGGAUUUCAAUUACUUUCUGACUGCACCCCUUUUUAUUUUAACAAAACAUUUCAUAGAUCUUUUCCCAUGGUGGAAGUGGUCAGAAAGUAACUAUUCAGGAGAUGGAGGUGCUCAAAGUUGACCCAUUUUGCAUACCAUAAGAAUAUAAACGGUUGAGUUCGAUAUCAUUUGUAAGCUUACAAACAGGGUUGUCAAACUAUUCUUCGAUUUCUUGAUAAAAGCUCUAACGUCAAUUACAGUGAGCUCCAAAAGUAUUGGGACAGUGACUAUUUUGUUGUUGUUGUUGAAAUUAUACAAUUGCUAUGAGGUUUAAUUUGAGGAUAUUUUAAUUCAUAUCGGGUGAACCGUUUAGAAAUUACAGCACUUUAUGUACAUAGUCCUCCCAUUUUAGAGGACCAAAAGUGUUGGAUUUCAAAUUCACUUCUGUGUAUUAAAGUAGUAAAAAGUUAAGUAUUUGGUCCCAUAUUCAUAGCAUCAAGCUUGUGACUACACAUUUGUUGGAUGCAUUUGUUGUUUGUUUUGGUUGUGUUUCAGAUUAUUUUGUGUCCAAUAGAAAUUAAUGUUAAAUAAUGUGUUGUGUCGUUUUGGAAUCACUUUUAUUGUAAAUAAGAAAAGAAUAUGUUUCUAAACACUUCUACAUUAAUGUGGAUACUACCAUGAUUACGGAUAUUCCUGAAUGAAUCAUGAAUAAUGAUGAGUGAGAAAGUUACAGAUGCACAAACGUAUGGAAGGUUUCAUUCAAAUCAAAAGGGGUACAGUCAGAAAGUGAUUGAAAUCAUAUGGAACGACCCUACUGUACAGUAGUGGGCAACAUACGGCCCUUGGGCCGGAUCCGGCCCGUGAGCCCAUUGAAUUCGGCCCAGGGGAGGUUUGAGUUUUUUAUUUGUCACAUGCUUCAUAAAAAACUGGUGUAGACUAACAGAGAAAUGCUUACUUACGGGCCCUUCCCAACAAUGCAGAGAGAAAAAUAAUACAAAAAUAAUAAUACAUGGAAUAAAUACACCAUGAGUAACGAUAACUUGGCUAUAUACAUGGGGUACCAGUACCAAGUCGAUGUGCAGGGGUACGAGGUAGUUGAGGUAGCUAUGUACAUAUAGGUAGGGGUAAAGUGACUAGGCAACAGGAUAGAUAAUAAACAGUAGCAGCAGCGUAUGUGAUGAGUCAAAAGAGUUAGUGCAAAAAGUGUCAAUCCAGGUAGUCCGGGUUAACUAUUUAGCUGUUUUAUGGCUUAGGGGUAGAAGCUGUUCAGGGUUCUGUUGGUUCCAGACAUGGUACAUCAGUUUUGCUUGCUGUGCGGUAGCAGAGAGAACAGUCUAUGACUUGGAUGGCUGGAAUCUUUGACCAUUUUUAGGGCCUUCCUCUGACACCGCCUGGUAUAGAGGUCCUGGAUGGCAGGGAGCUUGGCCCCAGUGACGUACUGGGCCAUACGCGCUACCCUCUGUAGCGCCUUGCGGUCAGAUGCCAAGCAGUUGCCAUACCAAGCGGUGAUGCAGCCAGUCAAGAUGCUCUCAAUGGUGCAGCUGUAGAAGUUUUUGAGGAUCUUUUAAAGGUUAUCGAGAUCACAAUUGUCCAGAACAGCUGGUGCUCUCAUGCAUGGUUCAGUGUUGCUUGCCUCGAAGUGAGCAUAGAAGGAAUUUAGCUCUAGCUCGUCUGGUAGGUUCGUGUCACUGAGCAGGUCACGGCUGGGUUUCCCUUUAUAAUCCGUGAUAGUUUGCAAGCCCUGACAAAUCCGACGAGCGUCAGAGCCGGCGUAGUAGGAUUUGUUCUUAGUCUGUAUUGACACGUUGCCUGUUUGAUGGCUCGUCGGAGGUCAUAGCGGGAUUUCUUAUAAGCAUCCGGAUUAGUGUCCCACUCCUUGAAAGCAGCAGCUCUAGCCUUUAGCUCAGUGCAGAUUAAAGCCCUGCACGGGCAUUCAUUUUAAACCCAAGCCCUAUCCAUGCCUGCGACGUUCAGGCCCUACCCUACCCAGGCCCGAUUGCUUCUGAGACAUGUAAGGCUCGGCCCUGACCGAAACCCGAAAUAACUUCCUCCGUUAGUAAAUCCAUUAUUUGCUCCUCAAUGUCUGUCACUAGUGCCCUGCAUGCACUCUGCUCAUGGCGGUUCUGAGCCUGUGUAACCAUAGCAACGGCUCCGCUUGGGUUGCUCUGCUCAAUGAAAAGACAUGAGAGCAGUUAGCUGUUAGCUACUAUUCGUCACUCUAAACUCCGACAAAACUCCAACAUUUAUUUUCUGUGAAAUAAUGGUUGAAGCACUUAUGACACCAUGUUAUGGUGUUAGAUAUGACUGUAUUGCGCAGCAGAGCACGAGCAAAUGGCUCAGCUUCAAAAUGUUAAUGAUCAAUUUAGUGAUACCCCAGACCCUAGUUAUUGAUGAAGAAAAUGUUGGGGCUCGUCGUGCUCGGGUCUGGUAGCACAAGUGCGGCUGUUGCCUGUAAUCCAUGGCUUCUGGUUGGGAUAUGUACAUACGAUCACUGUGGGGACGCCAUCGUCGAUGCAUUUAUUAAUGAAGCCGGUGACUGAUUUGGUAAACUCCUCAUUGUUAUCGGAUGAAUCCCAGUCUGUGCUAGCGAAACAUUCCUGUAGAUUAGCAUCCGCUUCACCGGACCACUUAUGUAUUGAGCGUGUCACUGGUACUUCCUGUUUGAGUUUUUUGCAGGCCGCUCUUGAACAUCUAAAGCUAGAUAGAAAAUAUGUAGAAAUUAUAAUGGACCUAUACGUUUUCAAAUAACUAACCUUUUUCUGGCCCGCAAAUAGCUUUUGAAGAACAAAUCAGUCCCCCAAAAAUCUGUGCAGCCCUCCGCUGAAUUUUGAAAUCCCGAUGUGGCCCUCGAGUCUAAAUAAUUGCCCACCCCUGCUAUAGUAAGUCCCUAAUUAAGUCACCAGUUAGUAUCUACGUAGGCAGUUAUUUCCUGUAAUAUAUUACUGUUAUGACUGUAAAUAUUACAUAUUGUACAUUAUGAUUGUACAUAUUAUUAUGACUGUACAUAUUAUGAACAGUAGUGUGAUGUUUGUGUGUUAGGAGGGAGUACCCUGGCGAGUUUAGCCCUAAGAUGUUUCUGUUAGAGUGGAGCCGCAAGAAGAAACUGGAGCAACCACGAUAUCAGACGGUAAACUGACCACUUUAUAUUAGCCAUGGGCUUACAACAUACAAGUUGUCAAAACCAGAGCGCAUUUCUAACAAAAUGUAUUGUGUAUGAUGUUUUCAGGUACAGCGCUCUCAAGACCAGGCGUUCCAAACCAUAGAAACGAUGACGGGGAAAAAGUACAGAUCGUCUCUGUGGUGAGUUUAUACAGUGCCUUCAUAAAGUAUUCAUACCCCUUGACUUAUUCCACAUUGUGUUGUGUUACAGCCUGAAUUAAAAAUUGAUUAAAUAUAUAUAUAUAUUUUUUUUAUUACCCAUCUACACACAAUACCCUAUAAUGACAAAGUGAAAACAUGUUUUUAGAAAAUGUAUUGAAAAUAUAUUUGGAAUGUCAGCAUGGUGGUGGCAGCAUGGUGUUGGCAGCAUCAUGCUAUGGGGAUGCUUCUCAGCGGCAGGGACUGGGAGACUGGUAAAGAUUGAGGGAACAAUGAAUAGAGACAAAUACAGGCAAAUCCUUGAUGCCUUGGAGUGAAAACGAUCUUAGGCUUGCGGCGAAGAUUUACAUUCCAACAGGACAAUGACCCCAAGCAUACAGCCAAAGCAGUGCUGGAAUGGCUUCAGAACAAGAAUGUGAAAGUCCUUGAGUGGCCCACCCAAAGCCCAGAAUUGAAUCCCAUUGAAAAUCUGUGGAAAGACUUGAAGAUUGCUGUUCACCACUGCUCCCCAACUAAAUUAACAGUGCUUGAGAAAAUCUGCAAGGAAGAAUGAGGGGAAAUCUCCAAAUGCAGAUGUGCAAAGCUGAUACAGACAUACCCAAGACGACUCAAAGCUGUAAUCGCCGCCAAAGUGCUUCUACAGAGUAUUGACUCAGGGGUUUGAAUACUUAUGUACAUGAGAUUUUGGUUUCGUAUUCAAUUAAUUUGCACACAUUUCUAAAAACAUGUUUUCACUUUGUCAUUAUGGGGUAUUGUGUGUAGAUGGGUGAGAAAAAAUAUUUGUAAUCAAUUUUGAAUUCAGGCUGUAACAACAAAAUGUGGAAUAAGUCAAAGGGUAUGCAUACUUUCCGAAGGCACUGUAAUGAAUGUGUUAGUCACCCAGGGAGUGACCAAGUUAAACCCUGUGAAUGUAAUGCUUGAUAACAAUGUUAUAAUAAUGCUUGAUAGCAGUGUUAUUAACUCAUAAUAAUGCAAAAUGACUGUAUUAACACAACACUUUCUCUUUUAUAUCCAUGCAGGGAGAAGUCAAAGAAAUAUGCAGAACAGGCUGCUGCUAUAGUAUGUCUAUGUGUUCUGGGACUGCCAGAGGGGCGGACAGGGGAAGAGUACUCUGGGUCGGGGGGCAAGAGGAAAGAGGGAGGAGAAGAGGAACGAGACGCCAGAUGAGGAGGACACCGCUGUAGAGUCUGCAGCCAGGAAAAGACACCUGUCUAAAAAUCCAAAGGAGCAACAGGUAGCUGCGGAAGGCAACCGGGCACCAGCUAUUCCAAAUGGUGUACAGCACAAGACAAGCACAGAGUGA